GCCCGCCGCCGCGGUCGGGGGAGCCGGGGUUUCCCCGCUACGCGCUCUGCCGCGCAGCCGGUGGGCCCCGCCAGCGCCUCGGCGGCUGAGGGCGGCCGGGCCGGAUCGGGCCUGGCACCGGCCGCCACGGGGCAGCCCCGGGCCAGGCCCGCCGCCCCCUCGCAGGAGGAGCUGGGUCGCCAGGCGAGGAGCGGCCCCCGGCCGCAACGAGAAGAAUGGCAGCGUCAGUCAUCCAAUGCUGUAGCAGCACUCCAAUCUGCACGACUAAGAGGUCUGAAAAACAUCUCAUCUAGAAAUCAGACCUUGUGCAUACAGGCUUUCAGAUGACACUGCAUCUUACAGCUCUGUCUUUGGGAAGGACUACUUCUGCGCUGGAGUAAAGGUCUGGGAAUCCUAUUGAAUCACCUUUGAAGUCAAUCUGAAGCAUUUUGGAAGCUGAUCCUGCACAGAAAGCAAUCAAGGCUGUCAGUUCUCCAUUUUCUCAGGCUGUUUUCUAAACCAGUGUGAUGCCUCAGGUGCAGAAGAGAGACAAUAAUUAACAAUGUGUCCUACAGCAUCUUAGGGAGCAAUUAAUUUUGGUGAAUGGAUGGGGGAGGAAGAAGAAGGAAGGUAAGCUUUGCACAUUUGUCUGCUUGUGCAUGCACGGCUGUGCAUAUUGGAUAGAUGUACAUACAGAUAACGUAUGUAUGUCCCAUAAAGCAUUCAGGCUUUCACUCUUUUGCAGUGACUGGUGUGCACAGAAACUUCUUGAAAAAGACAGUGCCAUCUGCACUGAGGAGAUUAGGGUGUGUCAAGGAAUAUGCUUUUCCACUUCUCACAUUUCUGCUUCUCUCCAACCUGUCCCUGGAAGAAUCUCAGCUUUUAACCUGUCAAAACAGUUUUAAAGCUGGUCUCUGAUGUAUAGAAACCUGUGAGAUAGAACCCUGACAGCUACAUACUGUCAAAGGAGUAUGACUGCAUAAAAGAAAAAUAAAACCUCAGCACUUCUGAGUAAAAGGACAAGGAAAUGUAUGAGACUGCACUGACAUGUGGGGUAGUUUUUUCAUGCAUAUCUAUGUGCAUACACUAAUCACAGGAAAUACUGUAUUUAUAUAUAAGACCAUUUCACUGAUUUAUACAUUAAGACAUUAUAGUGUGUAUAUACAGCACUGAAAAUAAAAGAUACGCACACCUACAGAGAGAUUAAAAAUGAAAACCAUAUGAUCAACUAGAUUUUUUUCCCCAAAAUUUAGGUCCUGAAAUUAGAAAACUAAAUUCAUUUAUAAGCUCUUAAAUGCAAGUGGCUUAAUUUCAGAUGUGCUGAGCAACUGCUGCAUCUGCUGGCUUCUGUUAUUCAGACUGUCUCUGUUUCUGAAAGGCAGCUGUCAGGAAGGACAUCCUGUAGGGUCUCCUCUGACGUGUAUAGCUAGCAAAUAGGCAAGCGUGACUGCAGUACCUCUGUGCCAUAGGAGUAUGGCUGGAGAUAUGGAGAAGUGCUGCUGAGCUUUCUGACUGGCUGUGUGAUCUUCAGGGAGGAAUCCAGCAGAGAUGCUGAGGGAGAAACUCCAGCACACACUAAUUAAGUAUUUUUCUGCUUUGACUUCUUUACCCCUUUUUCAUAUCCCUCUGUCCCUUCUCCUUCACACACUGGUGCCCAUGCUGAAUGUAGAGAUUGUCUGAACCAGCACAAGAAACUCUUGCAGUAUUAGUUUUGAGAGGGGGAUGUCACAGAUGUGACUGCUUACUUCUGGGUGCCACACAGGCAAGCUGGGUGUUUCAAAAGUGGCUCAUCUCACAAGUGUGUGGUCAGAUUUGGCAAAUGGUUCUGUUAAUUAAGAGUACCUGAAAGCUUAAUAGUUAGCCCGAAUAAGGUGGUUUCUAAACCUUUAACUUUAUUCUGCAAUUUUGUAAUCGCACAAGCAUGCGUGCUGCGGCAAGAAAAUAGAGUGCCCCAGUGGAAAGCUACUAGUGCAUUCAUCCCUUCAGAGAACAAACUCAUUUGCCCUUUUCUUUUUAUGUCUGCUUAUUCAAACAAUUAGAUAAAUUAAAAACAAGAAGAUGUUCUGCUCUGAGCCACUCUCAAAUGUUUUGAGGCAGUAAAAUAAAUGAGAAUCAGUAAUCUAAUGCGAAACUGAUUUGAGCAUGUUUACAUGUUAUUAGGAAGCUAAAAGGUUUACUCAUGCCUUUGGUUCUGAGUUGAUUUAAAAAUAUGUACUAUGGCUGUAGAAACAGCUGCAUGUAGAGGCUGCUGUUAGCUGGCUGCUCUCUGUGGAAAAAAAGAAAAAAUGACUUGAGCAUUUGUCUUUUUCUCCUCCAAAUGGCCAGGCUAUGACAGCAGGGAAGACUAUAGACUGUCAGGAUGUGAAACCUGUCAUUUGUGCAUCCAAGAGAGGACUCUGCUAUGAAGAGAGAACUGGUUCCUUAGCCCUGUGUAAUGAUGAGCCUGGCCUAGAGCAGUAAGAGAGAAGAGGAGGCACUCACAUGAAUUAUAAAACAGAAUUCAAAGUGCACUGGUAAGGGAGAGGGCUUAUUUUCAGUGCUUGUCUCUUUUCUGCUGCUGGCAGUCCGUGGUGGUGUGGUAAAGCUAGCAAGCACCAAGCAAAAAUUGAAGCAAAAUAAUAAAAGAUGAUGAAUUCUUCUCCCUGUUUACUGUCAAUGAAAGACCUCUUUGUUUACACCUCUAAGAAUGUCUGGCAGUUACUGUAUUCCCUGUCUCCUGACAUGUAGUUGUUCGUUAGCCAUGCUACGCAUUUUUUAGUUAAUUUAAUCUUUCCUUUGAAGUCAUUCCCUCCAGCUUUGUCAUUUGUCUUGCUUUUGUUUGAACUCUUUCCAAUUCAUCCUGGCAUGAAGGUAGCCAGAUUGGGCUAUUUGGGGCCUGCUUUCAGGAAUGUGCUGUCAGGAAGGACCACUCAGCCCUUUCCAUCUCCCAGGUCACUUUAGUAAGCUCAUGGGAUCACUGGUGUCCCUGGUGCCUCCCUGCUCCCUAACUAUUUUACAGACGGCACACUGUGGAGCAGCUAAUAAAAGAGCUGCAAAUGGCACUGGCUGUUAGUUUGGGGUUUUUUUUUUUGUUGUUACUGAAUACCACAAUCCCAGUUCUGAUCCUUCUUCUUGUGUAUAUUCCUUAGGUCUUUUUCAGCGUUGCUACUUUUCUGUUUUCUUUCUCCCACCAAAUAGCUGUGCUGCAGUAGAUGAUUCAUCAGAUACGCUCCUCUGCAUUUUUCCAGUAAGUGUCUCCUUCAAUGUUUCUAGGCAGUAGCACCAGGCUUCUUAGUGCACUGCCUUAGGUAUUUGUGUUUCUUCUUGGAGGGCUAUUCCCAUGAAUUAAGAAACUGAUUAUUUUCUAGAUUUCAUGAGGUCAAGUCACCUAAUGGUCCCCACAUUACAAACAGCAGAUUUUGGCUCAGUUUGCUGCUGUUUUUCACUUUCCCAGGUCCCUCUCCAGAGCCUUAGUCAGGAAGACAGGCUAUGUGGUUUCUCAAUAGCUUCCCCUGGUAUGUUUCUUGUUUAGAACUAAAGUUAAUUAACACUUGUUAACCUUCAGCACUUGUUGAACUUCAGCGAUGCUUGUACAACGGGUUCUGCAGCCUUGAAAGUGGGACUGUAAAUAAUGGAAAUAUCUCAGGUCAGUUUUUAAAAGAAGAGAUUGCUGUCCCAUCCCAGAGCAAAAAUAUUAUUAUUCUUUAUGAAACUAACACAUCUUCUCUUCAUUUACCCAAAUGUAAAGACAGUGUCCAAGGGAAGGGUAGUAGAAAUACCAUGUCAGGUGUCCCAGUGUGAUAUUAUAAGUAAAUAAACCAUGGUACCCUGAGUAUGUCCAAACCAAUGAAUGUAAGAAUAUUUCAAAAUAUUUCAAAUGCCUUAUUAAAUUCCAAGUCUUGUAUUUAUAUCCUGUUUAUAUCUUGUUCCAUCAACCGUGUAGUUCAUAGUUCUGCCAAAAAAGCUAUCAGGAUGCUAUGCAUUAUUUAUUCUGUAAUAUUUCAUGAGUCAUACAAGGUAUUCAUCUGGAUGUUUAUUUGCUUGAUUCUUUGCUGUGCAUGCAACUGAUUUCCUGUACAGUACCACUUGGCUAAACCUGUGUUUUGUUCUGAAGGUUCUUGCUACUUUGGAAGGUGUCCAAGCUUUCUGCUUUUGUAGUUCCUUUUUUUCACCACGGCUUUUGAAAAACAGCAGUUAAAUGGUUCUCCAAAUGCUAAUUUUAUAAUCUCCUGUCAUAUGUAUAAUCUCAGUCUACUGAUUCAGAAAUAUUCAAUGUGAGUGUAGAUCAGGAGGAAAAGCCAUCAGGAUUAAUGGUGUCCAUGGACAGCCAAAAGAGUGGUAAAGCUCUGACUAGAAAAUCAUUUGAUAUAGAGAUGUGAAAAGCUUAAAAAAAUAGUUUAGGUGAGAGGUAGAGGGAGAGUUUUCAGCAAAGAGAUGGAGACCCAGUUGGAUAGAUACAAAGCAGUCUUUUGCAGAUGUCAGUAGAUCAAUGUGUAGAAAGAAAGGGGAUGUGUGUCUGCGUAUAAGCUGGAAAGUGGCUCUGCGGAGAAGGACAUAGGGUUCUGAUCAACGGCAAGUUGAACAUGAGCCAGCAGUGUGCCCUGGCAGCCAAGAGGGCCACCCGUGUCCUGGGUGCAUCCAGCACAGCAUUGCCAGCCGGGCGAGGGAGGUGAUUGUCCCGCUCUGCUCUGCACUGGUGCGGCCUCACCUGGAGCACCCUGUGCAGUUCUGGGCAACACAGGAUAAAAAAGAUAUUAACCUGCUAGAGAGUGUCCAGAAGAGGGCUAUGAAGUUGGUGAAGGGUUUGGAGAGGAAGCUGUAUGAGAAGUGGCUAAAGUCACCUGGUUUGUUCAGCCUGGAGGAGACUGAGGGGAGACCUCAUGGUGGCUACAGCUUCCUCACAAGGGGAGGAGGAGGAGGGGCGGGUGCUGAUCUCUUCUAUCUGGUGACCAAUGACAGAAAUCAAGGGAGUGGCAGGAAGAUGUGCCAGGGGAGGUUUAGGUUGGACAUGAGGAAAAGGUUCUUCCCCCAGAGGGUGGUGGAGCACUGGAACAGGCUCCCCAGGGAGGUGUCACAGCCCCAAGCCUGACAGUGUUCAAGAAGAGACUGGACAACGCCCUCAGACACAUGAUGUGAACAACAUGGGGUUGUCAUAUGCAGGGACAGGAGUUGGACUCAAUGAUGCUUGUGGGUCCCUUCCAACUCAGGACAUUCUAUGUUUCUAUGUAAGUGCACACACACACACAUACAUACAUAUGGUAUAUGUCUACAUCUUUGGACUUAUAAGUAGUAAAGGAGAAUCCAGAAGAAAAAUGAGUAUCAAAUAUCUUUGAGUGACAAAGUGAUGGGCCCUUUGGAGGUCAAAUUAAUCCUCUGAAAAGAAGGCAGUAUGUAUCAGCACUGAAUGUGACCAUAUUACUUGAAGAAGAAAGGUGGUAAGUCAGAAUCACAUAUAUUCAUGCAUGUGGGGAUACACAGUGCACACAUAAAGAAAUAAUUACAUGAGGAAAUUAAGGUAUGCUGAAGGAAACCUGGAAUAAAACUGAAAUCAGAAGACAUCAACAGAAGAUCAAGACUGGGAAAUCAGCAUGCGUUCAGCUAUGGUACUAUAACACAGAUGCCACUAACACCUGGGUUUCAGAAAGUAAGAGUUCAUUUGGGAGCAUUUUUAAAACUACUGGCAUUGCUGCCUUUAAAAGGCAGGAGUGGUCAUACUAGAUCAGAGCAGUGAUUCAUCUUGUCUAGUAUCUUGUCUGUGACAGGGUCUAGGUUAAGAUAUAUUGGAAGAGCAGCUGAAAUUCCAUAGUAGUAUUCAUCACAUAUUCUGCUCACCAUGAUGCUUUGUGCCAUCUCUACCAGUUAAUCAGCAUCAUAUAUUGUCCUUCACACAGUUUAAAAAAAAAAAAUAAGAAAAGGCUAAGCUUUUACAUACAUAAAUAAUCAAGAAAGGCAAUCCUGUGCGUUGGAUAGCUGUUUGUUGUGUGGGACUCGUGUGUCUGCUUUUAGGAAGGAUUGGGAAAGCAUCCUCAGGCUUCCCUAAAUGAAGAACAGGAACAAGAACACUUUCCAACUUACUGUGUGUUUUGACAGAAAACUAUUUAUUUAUUAUUAAGGAGGGCCUUGUAUUAAAAGAUGCCAUAGAAUUAUUUCAGACCGGCAGUCUGUAUAGAUACUCUAUUUUGGGAAAUUCUGUUUGCAUUGUUGGACGCUACUAAAACACGAAGACGUUUCUUCUGCUUUAAGUUUCUAUUGCUCUUGCUUUCUGACCCUGCAUCUAUUUUAGCAAAUGCUGCAGCUCAACAGGAGUGGAUCUCUGGGUGGAUCUAUUUGGUGCUGGGGAUCUGGUGUGCACAUUGUACCUGAUUCCAGAUUAAUUCAACCUUAGACUAGCUGUACUCUGAUCCCAGGAACUGGAGAUGUAUUAGGGGUUGGAGAGCAGUGGGUGCAUUCCUGAAGCUCAUCUUCCAGUUUAUUUUCACUUGGAGGCAGUCCAAUACAUGUACCCUGAGACUGAUCCCUAGUGCAAACCAAGGCAUGGUAAUCAGGAAAAACUGGGUUAUUUGGCUUCAGAAAUGCAUUCCCAAUCUGAAAAAAAACCUCAGUGGAGAGCUCUUUUAUAAAACAAAUGUACUCAUAAAUACAAAUAAAUUGUGCGCAAAGAUGGAUUUCCUCAUGGUUUUGUUGUUGUUAUUUGGUUGGUUGGUUGGUUGGUUGGUUUUAAUCAAAGUAUAAGUUAAAGGAUUUGAUAAAGAUCCAGUACAUAACCUUGUUUACGUAACUGGAACUUCAUCUGACAGAGAACGUCUACCUUCCAAAGCAUUAUUUUUAUGCACAUUUAAGCACAAAACCAGGCAAUAUAUUCAUGGAAAACAGAUACAGUAAGCUGUUAAUUUCUGUUUCUUUCUUUCUUUCUUUCUUUUUUUCUUAUGUAGUUUGUUCAGUAGCUGUUUAAAACAAAAAGAAAUGUAAGGGGAAGGCAGCAUGUAACUGUAGCAGUUAAACGCUAACUUAGUAAUUUAAUAAACAGAUAAUUUCAAAAUUGUGUUACUGAGGAACAGUAUCAGUAAUUAUUAUUGUAUCAAAACUGAUGAAAGAUUAGAGAUAAAAAAAUGAGAUAUAGUACAAACACUGCCUAUGUACCCCAUCUUUCAUCACCAGGCCUCUCCCAAGGGUGGGAUUAAGACACCUGAACUUCAGUGUCUGUGUGUGAGCAAACACAUGAGAGUCUUAAGAUCUCCUUCCUUCCCCAGCCUAAGGGCAAGGGCAUCUGCAGAGCCCUUAAGGACAGUCAUCAGUUGCCCACAGAUGGCUCUGAGGGUCCUCUGGGAUGCCCAAAGGUCCCCCAGAUGUCUGCCUGUGGCUGGCCAGUGUCAGAAGGGGCCAGGAGGUUUUCUGCAUUGCCUGGGAGCUCCUUGGCACCCGAACAACAGGAGUUGCCUGUGUUUAGACAUCUCAAUCCCAGGCAGGUGUCCAAAUGAGUUCUUUAGCAUCCACUAGCUAAAAAUAGAGUUUAGGCAUUUACAUGUGAAUGCCUCAAUGUAAAUGUCUUCACACCAAACUGAAUCCCAUAAUGUUGAAUGUGUAAUAACUCCAUAUGAAUUAUCAAGACAAAGUAGAAAAACACAUGACCACAUCCAAAGUCACUGUUUCAUUUUGUAUGGUUUCUCUUUGUACAUAUACCUGCAAUUAAUUGCCUCCAGUUAAUUUGCUUCGUCACUGUUCCUUUACAGACUUCCAGCAAGCAAAGACAACUAAGCAACUGCUUGAUAUCAUCUCCUGCUCAUCACCUGGUAUUAUGUGCAAUGCUGUGUCCCUAAUGAGCAGAUCUUGGUGAUAUAUCCAUUAUGUCAGGACAUGGCAGAGGCCAGUUUUCUGAGGAGUGGGCCAAACAGCGAAGUGGAAAAGCUCCACUGCUGUCAGAAAAUUAGCUGUUUCAGUAGUGCCUGAUCACACUAUGCUGGAGCCAUAUUCUAUGUGUCUAUACCCGUACCCUAAAUAACUAUAGAGAUGAGUUUUCUUAUAAUAGCAGUAAUGAGGCUGAUUAAUGCCAGGCAGAGACCAGUCAAUUUCUGUAAUACGAAGAUAGAGCCUUUCUAAAUAAAAUGAGCUUCUGCUUCUGGCUGAAUACUGCUAAGCCUCAAGAAAUAAGUAAGAUUUUAUGAAUUUCAGGAUCACUUAUCCUAUCACGUAUUCCCCAUCUGCCCCUCAAUUUCACUGUGCCUGUGUGCCCUGUCCUUUCUUCCCUGUCUCGCCUGAAGGACGCGCUCCUCAUUCAUCUCUGAUCUGACCUGCUGCCUUUAUUUGUGCUGUAAUGCCGGUAUCUUUGUCCUUUUUGGCCAGUCAACUCUUGCAUACUGAAACAUCCCAAGAUUUUAAAACAGCUGUCACCAGGUGUUAACUGAAGAUAUGCUGGAAGCAGUGAUUUUGAAAGGACACUGUGGUAAAAAGGAUUAAUGAAAACCUGUUACAUAUGGAAAAUACUUUUCCUAUCUAGCAACAGAGGUGAAAUUCAUUCAAAAGCAGGAGGUCAGUGCAAGGGGAAUAAAUCAUCUAAUCAUAGCCUGGGAAACUAGGAAAGAUAAAGAUUUGUGGUGGAUAAAUUUCAUAAGGGGAGAACAAGACUAGGCACAUCUCCCCAGGCAUCGUCAGGGCUGAUGAGACAUGAGGCGGCUCUGGCCAAGAGGCUGGAUCACCACAUUAGCUUGGUGGCAAACCCAUGUGAUCAGCUCCAACGUGCAAACUGAUGUGCAGCCCUACCUACUAUGCAAGCACGUGGAUUUUGGACAAUGUAUGGCUAAUGUCAAGGCAGCUGAAUGCAAAUAAAUGAAAUUUGUCUUUCUUUGCAUUUGCACAGUCAGAUGAACCAUAAUACCAGACAGAAGUACCAAAAAAUCCUAUCAACAUAUCCAAAUUUGUGACUUUCUCACUGAUUUUUUCUUUUUUUCAUAUCAAGUUGCCUGGAGUUUCUUGAGCAGCUUAACUGAAUAUCUAAUUAUUUUGUGUUUGAUUACAUUGAAAAAUACAUGCAGCUUUUUAAACCACUGUCUUUUGCUUCAGGGUAGAUUGCUGCUGUCUCAAAAGCUCCAUUCCUUCCCUUUUUGCAGUUGCUUAAGAUGAGAGUUGUGAGAUUAAAGACAUGGAUAAUGGAUCUACUAAGCAAAGAGGGAGUUUCAAAGGAUGUACAGUUCUAUGAGCUUUGUUGUUCCUUACAGUGCUAGAUAGUGCACUUAACAUCUGACCUUAUACGCAUACUGUAGGAAGCUAUGUGUGCCCUGGGGUCACAUGCAGUUUAAAUGUGUAUCAUGGUUGUUUCCUAACAUUUAUUUUGUCAUAAUGCCUAAAAGCCAUGACCAGCUGGGUGCCCCUGUAGUCAGUUAUAUCUAAAACUACAUAGUCAAAGGACUCUUUACCCCAAGGGUCUUGAAAGUGAUGUGUGCAUCGGGGCCCUGAGCACACCAGACACUGCAGCCUCCUCCCCUCUCCUCUGGUGCUUGGUUGCCUGUGCUCAAGGCCAUCAAGCUCUGAUGUGGUGAUGCUGAGGAAACAGACCAGUCAUGAGGAGAAUCUCUGAGAAGCCUCCUCUGGAGACCAUCCCUUAGCUCAGGAGCUGCACUACAGCUCCGUCCCUGGCACUGUUUCCCUCCAUGAACUACACUGCAGCCAUUCCUGCCCUGCCCAUCACCUGCUCUUGCCUCCUUGUCUUGGCUCCGCAGCCAUCUCAUCCCCUUGGCCAUGCCUGGCUGUCCCAGCUCUAUGGCAGGCCUUGGUUGCUCUUCCUGGGCCAAUUCUGCAUGCCAACUCUGGCUGCAGUGGGAUGGGGCUGUGAGGGGACUUCCCUGCCCCAUCCUGCCCCACUGCCCCGAAGCUCUAUGCCUUCACCCCACAGCCCACGCUUGCUGCUGUCUGACAGACAUGUCUGGUUCCGAGUGUGUGUUAUUUGUGAAGGUAUAUUUUGCCCGUUGUUCCCAGGUAGAUGUGCACAUUUAAAGGCAUAUAUCCCUUGACCACUUGGAGCUUUACCACACAAAGGUGCUAAAUGAGAAUGUCCUGUGGAAAUUUUUAACUGUAGGACAGAGGAAAUUCUUCAGCAGAAGAGGUUACUCAAAGGGAACUAAAGAGCAGCUCAGCUAUGAAAUAAGCCCUGAGGUGACUGUGAAACCACUGAAAAAGAAGAAGUGAAGGAUCUAGCUAUAAUGUGAAUGUGGGCACAGAUGCCCCUUUUGAAAUAACAUGCUUCAAUUCCAGGCUUUGUGAGUGACAGUGCAAUUGCUGUGUCUUAGUGUUCGUGCUCCAUCCACUACAAAGAAGAGUAUAAGUGGGAAUAGAAAUAUGGGAAUAGACAUUCUGGUAGUAACUAAGCUGUACCCAAACGCUAUGUACAAGCUGAUGGUUUUAUAAUGGGCACAUCUGCCCACCUCAAAAACCACUACAAAAAUUGGCAGGAUUUGCAGCAUCUGCUGGAAAAGUUUCAGCUUCAGAACAGAAGAAGGUGUUGAAUGUUGGAUUUUUGGAGUGCAGCUGCAGAGGUCCUGUUAUUCUUAGUUUCUUCUCAUGCUCUGUGAAUGAGCCCUAAAUCCUGACGUCAGUAGGCACAUUUUCUUUUGCCUUUUUUCUGGAUCCCCUCUGAGAUGUUGUUUUUUCCCCCUACUGCUGAAAGCCUGCUUUGAGCUUGUUAUGGUCUCCUUGUGAAAAUCAGGCUCUCUUUACACUUUAUCCACUUAACAGAGCUAGCAAGCUUAACUGAUAUUUCCAUGAACCUCUUAUUCUUUUUCUAGAACUUCUAGUGAUUUUGGCACUGCAUCUCUCAAAAGAUGUCAAAUAUUCACUGCAAAGCUUCUUUACACAGUUUAUAUCACAUGCUCUUUUAGUAUAAUGCUAAAGUGGUCUAAGCUUUCCACUCUUGCUGUAGGUAAUGCACAUCUUGGAGCUUUCUGUUACCUUGUGAACAUUUUGCACUCUUUCAAAAAAGGUAAGUUAUUCCUUGGUAUAGGAGUCUUCACAGUAUCACAGUAUGUUUGGGAUUGGAAGGGACCUCAGAAGAUCAUCUAGUCCAAUCCCCCUGCCAGAGCAGGAACGCCUAGGUGAGGUCACGUGAGUCUUCUCUGUAACUUGAACAUAACCGAUUAUCCUCAUGGGAUUUCACCACCUAACUGCCCCGCAGCUACUUGUUUCAGCCUUACCUCUCCACCAGUCCUCACAUUCUUUGGCAGUUCCAUCUACAACUCAUAAGCAACUUCCUCUGCUCCCUGCUUCUGCAAAACUAGACUUGAAAUUACUCCUGCUUUACCAUGAGCAGGCUUCCUUCAUCAGGAAACCAAGAGUUCAGUCAGUUGUCCAAGUCUGAAGUGAACUUUGUACCUGCCUUUUAGCAAUAAUGUAGUAGCUAUGUUCCAAGUUCUCUGAGAAGUUUCUCAAUGCCAUCACUGCAUCCGUAUAAACAGGUUUCUAAUGUCUACAUGUUUAUACACCCAACUGGCCCAUCAGGCUCUGUUAAGUUUGUUUUACAAAUGCUUCUCUUGUUCAUGGUUCUGUAAUGCCACCCUGUCUUUUAUCAAGAAAAAGCUUUUCUAUUCCAGUCACUUGCUCUCUGCCUCAUGAACAAGAUUUCUUCUGAAAAUUGUUUUUUUUUUUUUCUAUAAUACUCUCAUUUCUAUUCUCCAGAUAAAGAGAAAGUAAACAAAGCAAAUGUACAUGGAACCUCCAGAGCAUUUCAACUUGGUCUUGUGUUGUCAGCGAACAGCUAUCAUUCAAGUUCAAUGACAGGCAGAAGUCCUGCCUCAGCUUUGCUAUUCCUUAGAACUCCUGGAUGAGCUUCAGUCUCCAAGCAUACCACUUGCUUCUCACUUUCCUACAACUUCCCUGGGUACCCUGGAGGAUUGUAUUGCAAUGGUGGGCUUUGUUGGAGCACUCCAAUGUCAUCCUUUUAAAAGAUUGCUCUGCCAGCAGCAAUGGAAUGACACAAAUAAAAGGUCUCUGGAGGCUAUACCUACACGUGAAAGAAAUUCAGUGCCAUGGGAAGAGGUCCAGCCAGUGCCGAGGACCUGAUGUUGGCAAUUUUUCACCAUUUCAGGUACAGAAGAAGGACUCACUAAUGCUCGGCCUCUGCCUGUGCUCUGCAACAAGAUACAGCAAAGCUCAGUCCUCAAGCCUUCUUCUUGUGGCCAGUGCCGUUCACUGCAGACUGGCCCUUCUGUGCCCUUGCCAUUCCCUGAGAGAAGAUAGAUCUGCAGAUAAUUGGAUAUUCAACACCCUUGUUUCAGUUGUCAUAUUAUCUGAAGAAUCUUGUGCUUUGCUUCAUGUUCCUCAAGUAGUCCUCUUGAUUAUUUACUAUGGCAAAUCUGGGUCAUCCCACUUGCUUAAGCUUCAGACCCGAAGAGGAGCUGAUGUUCCCGAAAGAAGGGCUGUUGUGCCAAAAGCCUGCCUGCUUUUCCCAAGGACUACUCUUACUUCUUCCCCAGAAGCCUUGCUUUGUGCAGACUCUCAGACCAUUGGAGCUACAACACUACCAUGCUAGAGUCUCCACCAUUCUUUACAGAAUCUGCUUCAUACCUAUUCAUACUAAGAGAAAGAGGUUUUGGAGGUUGCAGCCUCCUAGAUGCUAGCCAAAACUGCCUGUGUCCUGUCAGUAUGCUGCAGCAUAAUAUACAAGCUUCAAAAAGGGCUAAUAUAUAAAGUCAACACACAUUACUUUAUUAAGUUCAUAGCAUCAGUCUAAUUAUUAAAAGCAUAGCAACAGUUUAAUAUUAAAACAGCUGUAUGUAUUUUAUGCUUUAAAAUCAAUCUGUCUUCAGAAAUUGAGGAGAAUUUCACUAUGUGGUUUUGCAAGAACUUGGUUUAGAUUUACCUGCUAGCACAGCAUGCCCUUUAGAGCUGAUGAAUAUAUUUCUUGUACCACAGUGGCUGUACUGCAGAUAAUAUUGGGAUAAUACCUCAAUAAUCAGAAUCACAAGAUUUUUAAAGUCCUGCUAUUUCACUUUAUUGCAUGAAGAUGCAGAUCCCAUUACAAGCUCACAGAUACUUCCAGUAUCUGAAUCAUGCAGGGAGAUAUUCCCCUGGGAGUCUCAAUUAUCCAGAUGCAAGAUGAGCUUAAAAUACAUAAGGAAGGGAGAAGGAAAAAGGAUAUAUGAUGUUCCAAUGUCGCUUGUUAUGCACAGGAUUGAAACCUUGAUGUCCAUCACAUACCAUUUAGUGUUGGGAAUGGAGACACAGUCUCUCUUGGGCCCUCUUCCAAAUAAAUGGGUGUUUCCUUCUGUAAGCUAUCUCCUCCAAGGUGAGGAUUAGCCUCUUUUGUAGUCUAUCAGUUUUGUGAAAUGAGGGGGUUGUAUUUCAGUUUUGGGAAAAAAAAAACAAAAAAUAAAUCUUUAUUAGCAUGCUGAAGAACACAGAGGAAAUAAUUCCAGAAAGAUUGUAAAAGCUCAGACACCUCAAUAAAUUAAGAUUGGAAACCUCUUUCAGUUUGUACUAGACUUCAAAAUUACAGCUUAAGAGCCAAAUACAGCUAUUGGCUGCACCACAGAAUCACAGAAUGUUAGGGAUUGGAAGGGACCUCAAAAGAUCGUCUAGUCCAAUCCCCCUGCCAUUUGACUUUUCACUGAUGUGAUUCUGCUUUUAGAUAGCAAAGUCAAAAGCAGAACUGGCUGUACUUGUCUUUCACUAACUUUCCUUAAAGGGUUAAAAAUAAUUCAGACUUUCAUGUUGAAGCUGUUUUAAAAGAAGUGUCACCUAUCUCAACUGAAAGAAUCUGUCUAUGCCCUUUGAGAGCUCUUCUAAUUAUAGACGUCAAGGUGUCCUUGAGCUUUGCAGCGAAUGUUGUUAUCCAGUUCCAUAUACUGUACAUUGCAGAUGAUUGUUUUAUCUUUCCAUCCCAAAGUACAUUUUCGGCUUUUGGUCAUAGGUUAAAUUUAAUUACAUUACCCCUUCUAGAGAUGAAUGCUCUAUAAGCACCUAAAAAGACGGGCAUAAUCAUUUACAGGUACAGAUACAAUGAAUUUCCUGCUUUUAAAAGCAACUUUUUCCAAGCAGAGGAUUCUUAUUUCCCAGUAUUGUAUUCAUUUGAGCACAGACUUUGUGAGAACCCUUUGAUCACAGUGGUGGAGUUACUGUUUUGUACUUGCUGAACUGACUGGAUGAAUGUCUUGCCUGAAGAGGUCUUAGUUACAUACUACUUUGACAUGGGGGUUUAAACAAAUUCUUCAUCAUGUUGGUUAUUUUCUCUGUGUUUUGGAGCAUGUAACUCUGUGAGUGCACAGAUUAUCAGGAAGAAACUAGGAAAACAAGCCGAAUUGACAAACAUACCGGAAAGACUUGUUUUAACAUAGCUAUAAAAUGGGUAAAAAAUGUUUUUAAACAUAAGUGAUAUUGGUCUGGCUUUCUGGUAGAAACGAUCACCUUCCAGUCUGAAAUAGAAGCAGAAAUCUUUCAACUAAGUAGGGAUGGAGAACAAUUGUUCUAAGUUUAACUUGAUUAUGUUGUUCAAUUAAUUAGGAACUGCUGGGUUCCUGGAGCAUAUAGGUGACCUGCUGAUCGUCAGGACUGAAAGUCUGGUUUCACUUACUGACUUCAACAUAAAGCCAUUAAUCAUCACUCUUUCCUCUUAUACCAGCACCAGGCUUCUAGACAUCUCGAUGAAAAUAAGCAACAAUAACCUAGCAGUUAUCAAGCUCCCAUGCGCUGACACAAUUACCUCCAUAAAUCAGGCAUAAACCAUGAGUCACCAAAAAGUCAGCAGUGCAUAGCCAGGCCCUCAGGUGCUGCUGCGAUUGCUCUUUGCACUUGUGGCCCCCACCUCACCAGCGAAAAGGGGCCUCUGCCCAGGGAGGACUUUCCUCUGGGGUAGGAAAUUAUACUGCUUUUUCCAACAGCUAUUAUAAUGCUUGUACCGCUCCCUGCACAUUUUCCUCACUUGGAUUCUUGGACCAUCACAGCUAUAAUGACAUUGUUACUACUUAUUUAACCUGUCAGAGUAUUUUACUGAGUCCUUAAACUAUCAGCCCAGGAUACCGUGGUAAAUUGUGCUGGUGGAGCUUAUUGUUGAUGAAAUACAACUCUUCAGUUCUAAUGUGUGUGUAUUUUUUGUGCUUGUCAGUGCUAUCUUCAAGAAAACAUACCAAGAUUUUAAAUGAAGAAAUACAGAGUUUGUUCGGAUGUUUUACAUCUUAUCUAUCCAUUCCAGAGGGAUAUAAUUUAUGCAUAGUGGUCUCUUUAACAACGUUAGUUACCUUUUUAGUUGAUUUUAGAACUUUUGAAAAACAUUAGAUUCUUAACAAUAGAAAUGCACAAAGCCUUAUGUACAGGUCACCUUCUUAAGUCAUUGAGGGAUUACAUUCAAUUAAUAAAUUGCAACAACUUGAGCAUUACAGAAAUCUUACAUAUCUAGAACAAGAGUGUAUUGUGCAGAAGUAUUUUAGGGAUGACAUAGCAAGGCAGACACUCUGAUAGCUGCAACAACUGAGCUCCUAAACCCCCUUCUGAAGUGAAGCUGGUAGUGAGUAUGCUAAGCCAUGGCUUAAAAGACACCAAAAGCAGCUUAUUCCACAUGCUUGGUUUGACCAUGGAUUAGACUGAGUAUGAGAAUACAACUUUCAAAGUAAGUUUUUUUUGUGUUAUUCCAAGAAAGUGACUCAUCUGAAUUCUGGUGGAACCACCUUUUUUAGCAUAAAUUAAUACCACAGUUCUUAAAAUUUCCCAUAUUAUUAAAGGUGGAACCACCUCUUUCAGCAAAAAUUAAUACCAUAGUUCUCAACAUUUCCUGUAUUACUAAAGUGAUAUUAUAUACCACAUGCAUUAAUUCUGCAGAGAGGCAUAGCUUUCAUCUUCCGUGGCCACGAAACACCCAGACCUGUUACAAAACCACAACAACAUACAAAUGAGAAAUUUCAGUUUCAUAUCAGAUAAUGUUUCCUGGAUACACACACUGCUUAACACAUUGCAUCAUCACUGCAUCUAUAACUGAAGCAGUUAAUUUUUAUUUUAUUACUGAUUUAUAGGACAAAAUACCACCAUAUCACUGACAUAUUACAAAACCAAAUUCUGCUUCUUAAACAUUCACUGGCUUUCCCUGACUGCUGUUGUCUUCUGUUACCCAGGAUGUUCAGGCUGAGUGCCAUUACUGUGCUUGGAGCUGAUAACAAGGUGAAUUGCAAGUCUUCCAGGCUUUCUCCCAUCUCUGUUUUGUGGUUUUCCAAAGAGAAAUACGUACUCUGAACCAUUUAUCUGAAAGUAGUUUCUUACAUAAUGUUUUUAAAGUUUUUACUUUUUAGUAACUGGCAUAUCCCAAAGACUGAAAACUACGAAAGGAACAAGCUAAAACAUAAUAUAUGUUGCCCUUUUAUAUAGAGAACACAUAGUGCCAUGUGUUUAUUCUCACUUUUCUUUGUACUGUUGAAUAUCACACAAGCCAAACACAGCAUAGCUAGCCGGGAUUUGAUUAUUGAUAUUGCUGAUAAUCAUGUCCCUGAUUUACAUCUGGAUUACAAAGAAUAUUGAUCCUUCACAAAAAGGCAAAGAGAUAAAUUUAAUUAGCAGAUACUAAGAUAUCAAUGUAUGCCUCUUCCUAUUAAUUUCAGUGAGUAAGUGACACAUAAAAUGUUUCUCUCAGAAAUCUUAUGACCGGCAGCUGUCUGAUGGUAGGCUGUAUUUAUAUAUGCUUUCUUCAUCUGAUAGUUUUGAUUGUAAAGCUCUACUCAAAAAUAAAAUUAAAAAUAAGAUCAGACAUCAGUCUCAAAGUUUAUUUGGCGAAAAUCAUGAUUAUAUUAUCAUUUUGUUCUCUAAAGUAUUACUGUGGCAUAAAUAUGAAACAUAGGUGUUUAUUUGGCUGAUGAGUCUAAGCCACCAUCCAGGAUCUUAAUCUUUUUGUCAAAUGAUAAUAAAUCGUAUUUUUAUAAGUGUGAAGACCCUUCUGUUUCUGAAAGUCAAAAGAGCCAGAAUUCUGAAUCUGAAACCUCUAACGUAUUUUAAGUUGCCCAUUAGACUCAGGUAAUGGUCUUCAGUUUCCAAAAUAAAAGGAGCUAUAUAAAAUUCAAGGUCACUUUUGAAGUCUUGAUCUGUUGAUAUUAAGUACGUGAUUGGGAGUGUGUGUUUUGUUUGAGAAGAAAAAUAACAUGCCUGUAUUGCCAAUUUCCGAUUACAUAGAAGUAAGGAGUGUUAACUGCAGUACUUAGACACAGAGUUCUUCUUGGCCAUUAACCAAGUGUGUUAAUCACUGCAAAUAAUCCUGAAACAGUAGACAGCACUGACACACCAUACAGCUUGUUUUCAACUCUCAAGCAUGCUAGAUUUGCACUCACUGUGUAUUGCUUUAAGCUCAUCCUCACAGCAGGCAGUUUUCUAGCUUUCUAACAAUUUGACAGCUAGUUGAGAUUCAUAGCGGUGAUAACAUUAAAACAAUUAAAGCUGUUGCAAUUGAGGAAAAAAGAAACAAGUUCUUAUGCCUAUUCUACUGUGUCAAAUUCAGCCACUUCAAGUCCUAAAGGAUUAACGAAGACUACAUGAAGUUAUAAAUACACGGUUUCCUCUUAGCAUGUGCUAUUACUUAUUACUGUAGUUAGCCUGUUUUUAUUAUUUUUGUAUUUUAUUCCUGCCAGUCACCAGCAAUACAGGCCUGUCAAAGUACACACCGAACCUCUCUCUCACAGUAAUACUGGGAAGCCAAUGGGAAGAGCCAGGCUCCCGAUUUCUCUGGACUCCCUCAGUGUGUUUCCAUAUCAGUGUGAUGAGAGUGAGAGAAAAUCUGUUCUACAUGGACUCACUCUCCCCUGUGAGUUCACUGUGGAGACAAGAUUGGAAGCUAGUAAUGUUUAGAUUUUUAGACUCCACUUUUAUGUAGACCUUGGAAAAAUGGUUGUCAAGUAUCUGAAAACCAAAGACCAGAAAGAAUCAGGGUAGUUUGGAAAGAACUGCUGGAAGCACAGUUAUGAAAUGCAUUUCUGUAGUGGUUUCAGUGGAUGACUCUCAUGUUAACAUGGCAUUUUCAGGACACCCUUACCACAGUGUGGUUAGGAGGAAGGGCAGAAAUCAGUGUUGGAAGGUGGAUCACAAGACCUCAACACAAGACACUUAAAGCACUUCUGAAGUUUGAGAGCAGAUUAAAUUGUCUGUAAAAGCAGGCAAGAAAAGUUUUCAUAUAAAUUGAAGAUAUACGUAUUCUCACAGAUUUGACAAAAAUAAAUGCACCAUCAUAGAAAUGUAAGACAUUCCUUGUCUCUAGCUUAUUGGGAUUUCACUCCUUCUAAACAGCCCUGACUUUUAGAUUUCAUGUGCAAAAGAAAACUGAUGGUUAGCAUGAACCUGGAUUUUUCUGCAUUCUGUGACAGACUCCCUGAUAAUUAAAUGGCAGAAAUUUGAAAUGAAAAGAAAAAUUGAAGCUGACAAAUGCAUUGAAAGAGAUAUAUGAAAUAAUCUCAAGGUAAUACCACUCAAUUUUACAUCCUGCAGCCCCUUAAUAGAUAGUGUUAUUCCAGAAAUCAUGCCCAUUAUUUUUCAAAACCUGUUAAAAAAACUUAGACAAUGUUAUUAAGAGAUAGUAGAAGCCAUAGGAUGGUAGAAAUGUGGCAAACUUGUAAAAAAAAUGAAAGUACUUUCUCCAGUAUACUCUAGUUCUCUGCAAGUCUCCUUCCAGUUUGAGCAAUUAACCUUACUAUAUAUUAUCAUAUCACAUUUGGGGGAUUAUAUCAUCACUUCUUUGAUUUUGUUAAAUUGAGAAAUAUGUCUGGAUGAAGAGGAAACAUGGUCUAGUGACACCCGUGGAAUGACAUGAUUAGUAAGGCUGAAGAGUGAGGCGGUUUUUGAAUGAUAACUAGGAAUUAUGCAGAAAGACAUUGUGAGGAAUGGUGAAACAAAGAUACUGCGUUUAUAAGUAGCCUAAUAGCCUGGAUUUCAUUUGCCAUUGUGUAGUCCCUGGAAAAUUUCAAUACCAUAUAAAAAGAUACAUUCCACUGGAUCUUUUUACGGAAAAGUUUUACAAAUUUCUGUACAGGUUCAGACUGGAUUUUCAUUUUCAUUAACUACUUUCCCAUCACAUUUUGAGAUCUCAGGUUAAAUACUUCCUUGGAAGCUCUUAAUUAAGAACAAAAGUAAUGUACUUUCUGAGUACAUUCUGCCAGAUUUCCAAAGAAAUUGAGGCAGUCUCAGAGGCAAAUCACUGCUUCAGACAUAUUAACUUUGCAAAUAGCCAGAACAGUUAAAGACUUUCUUGAAUUUAGUAAUUAUUGAUUCCAGACGGCUGCUUAUACCCCAUUGCCAAACUCUGUCCUCACCACUGCAGGGGAAGGGCUAGAGCAUCCCCCAGUCUCUCCAGCACAGCCCAGCUCCACUGGUCAGUUUGGACAGCGAGAGGUCAGCUGGGGUAAGGUGGCCAUCUAUGUGGUGCUACAAGUCCAAGUGCGCUAAUAUCUUCUCCUCCAGCACUGAGCACUGGGGCAGAUAUAUUAUCUAACUGGCACAGCCUGGCACUUUGUCUCCAAAUGAGUUAAAUAAUAUUCUACCAAACAUCUGGACUAUUCUGCCUGACUGCUUGAGAUCUCAAUUUGAUUCUUGCAUGGUCAAAGACUACUCUGUGUUACACCAGGCCACUGAAGAGCAUUUCCUACACACAAUUGGGGACAACUUUGGAAACAAAAUGACUGAAAAAAUCUUUCUCACAGAUUUAAAAGACUUCAGUUGGUUGGUUAGGUUUCCCCUCCUCCUUCUCCUCCUCCUUCUCCUUCUCCUCCUUCCCCAUUCCCUUCUCUUUCUUCCUCUUCCUCUUCCUCUUCCUCUUCCUCUUCCUCUUCCUCUUCCCCUUCCCCUUCCCCUUCCCCUUCCCCUUCCCCUUCCCCUUCCCCUUCCCCUUCCCCUUCCCCUUUCCCUUUUCUCUCUCUCCCACUUCUUUGUCUUUUUCUUCUCCUUCUCUUUUUCUUUUUUCUCCUUUUCUUUUUAUUUUUUUCUUUUCCUUUUUUUUUUUCUCUUCACAUAUUUUAUUUUAGGAAUAUAACUUCUCACUUUUCACCAUAGCCCAUAAUAAGACUGAUGAGCCACGGAAGCUAGCAGCAGGAUUAUCCAGCCACCCUUGCUCUCAUGGUGGAUUCCAAUAUAAAGGUCUUGAUGACCUCUGGAGGCCAAAGUGGGAAACUUGAAAUUCUUGCCAUAUAUUCCUGCAAGAAAAGGGUAGAGCCAUGACCGAUAUAAACCAAUGCUCUCCAUUACCACUAAUUAGGAUAUCCCACUAAGGAUCAGUUUCAAGAUGUAGAAAAGGACUGAGGAUAGAAGAAUUUGGAAAAGCUACAUUUUGGUUUUAUUGAAGACCAAAUGUGCUUGACACAGGCAGAAAGACAGUAUCUGUGGCUCUUCCACAAUGUACAUCGAAUAUGUUGUGGAAUGUAUUGAAAUGCCAUGAUUUUAAGUAUGAUUUUCUGGAUUUUCUCAUCCUCUCUUGCUACAGAGAUUCAAAUAAGUUCACAAAACCUCUUUCUCAAGUCUGACUUCUUACCUUUAUCCUCCUCACAUUUGACUGCUUUGCCAAACCUCUGUUUUAAUAAUUUCUUUGCUGUAGAGAGGUUUAAACUGCUGUAAACAUGGGGUUCAGUCUGGUUGUCCUUAAUGACAGUGAAAAUCAAUCAUAAUCAGUGUCAAAUGAUGAAUUUGACAGAAGGUAUCCUUCAAUAUUCAAAAGGAAAAUUUCCCAACCUUAGCUAUUCAGGUAAAAUUUUGAUUGAGCUAAUCCCAAAUUUAGGUUUAACCUAGGUUUAACAGAUGCUUAAUUCUGUUGAAACAUGAAGGACUAAACACCCACAUAAUGUCAAAACCAUGCUUAAGGGCUUUGCAGAAUCGAAGAUUAUACUGUUAUUUACCCAAGAUAGGGUAAUUCCCACUGUUGUCCUCUGAUACUUACUUUUGGCAUCAUCCUCCUGACACUUCACUAUUGUCUUGCCAGGCUUUAGUGAUUAAGAUUAGAAGGGAUCCUUUGAACAAGCAGUCUGACUAUAUGCACACAAAGGCUUAAUAUUGGCCCCAUUAUCCCUGCCUGGAGACCAGUUACUCCUGGUUAACUGAAGCACUGCUUCCAGAAAGCCACUUUGUCCUGACUUGUGGUUAUAAAAUAUAUUCCUCUAAUGUCUUGCUCCAGUGAUUGAGGCCUGUUAUUGUUAGAAGAUUGUGCCUUAUUUCUCAAAGGGCUGUGGCUGGCCUCAACGUUCAACAUUGACUCUUGAUGUGCUGGUCUCGGCUAGAGUUCAGAGCCCUUUUGCAUCUUUCCCCAGGAAGGCACUCAGCUCAUGGCAUUUCUCAUUCUUCUCUUUGACAAGCUAAACAGACUGUCUUCGUUUUUCACUGAAAUAAAUUUUAAACAUUUUAAUUUCAAUUUAAUUUGAUUUAGUUUAAUGUAGUAAUUUUCCAAAAGUUUGAUAAUUUUUGUGAUACCAAAUAAUCUGACUUUCUUUUUAAAAUGUAGGCACCAGAACUGUUACCUUUCAUAGUAAUAUUCAGUUAAAACUUAAAACUUUUUCAAAGUUCCUUGUGCUGGAACAGAGGGCAUUAGUCUCUUUCCAUGGCCUGCAUCCCAUAUUCCUACACAUACAGCUUUUCUUUUGGCUCUAUUAAAAUGAUUUGGACUCAACUUAUGAUCUAUCAAGAGCGUUCUCUGUUGGUGCCUUGCCCUCAUUGCUGUAGACAUCAUUAGAUGCAUUCCUGUAUGUAGGCUUAAAUCAGCCAAAUUGUAUUAGAAAUGAUUUUAUAUUUGCUUCUAGAACACAAAUAGAAAUGAUGAAUAGUAUCACUUAGCACUAGUUUUUGUGGAAAACACUUAAGAGAUGCCCUCAUGGAUUGCCCUUUGAGAUCUUAGAACUGUUUAGUAUAACGUUAUUGAUAUGGUAUAGUGCCAAUUUCUCAACUGGUGUGCAUAUGUAUGCGUGUGUGUGGUGAUAACAAAUAAAAGAUACAGCAAUUUCAUCUGUUACACAUAUAGAGCACAGCAAUCAGCCAGCAAGUGACCUCACUGGAGAAUGAAAUCAGGUUUCUUUUGACAAGUCUUGUUGCAAUCCAAUUACGUCAAGUGACUUUCAUUGGUCUGAUUGUUAUAACUUCAUUUUUAUAUUUGUCUGGAGUUGAAGUCAGAAAAACUGUGGUCUACUGCUGCCCACAACAGGCUGCUGGUCAGGCCUGAACACUUAACCACGGGAAUUUUGUUAAGCACUGUGAAUUAGCAGUAAUUAAGGUAUGUACGUCAAUUGGAGGUCUCCUUGCCUCACUCUUUUAUACUGAUGGUUACUCAGGCCAACUACUUUAUAAAUAGCUGGCAGAUUAAAAUAACGUCUUGGUUUCAGUCCCUUUUUAGUAAUAAACACAUUUCGUUUCUUCAUGAAGUAGUGAGUUAUACUGCUUCCUUCCAAAGAAAAAAUAAUAAUUAUUUAUUAAAAGCUCUACUAUUUUCCUUCAUUACUAGCUGUGCUGUCAUACCUCUGUCUCAUGAUAGGUGUCUUUAGUAUAACUAAGAUUUCUUUUGGUCCUAAUAUAGUUGCUUUAAUUUCACAUCACCAUUCAAGAUGCCACCCAUUCAAAUUUUUUCCAAAGUUCUUUGCUUUUGACUUCUGUUCUCAAUUUGCUGUGCUUCAAAAGCUUACACUGGGUUUACAAGGACUGCUAUCUAUUCCUCCUUUUUUUUUUUUUUUAUUUGCAACAUUUGUUGCUUAACUUAUCAUCUUCAUCUUCAUUUUGCUACCGAACUAAAAGGAGCUUUUAGCAAAACAUGACAUCUUUUCAACUGUACAUCCAUGGCUUUUUAAUCAUCUAAUAUAAGUUUCUAAAGGGUCCUCUGAGAAGCCAGAAAAAUGAGACUGCCAAACAGAAAAUAAUUACUUCUCAUAAUUUUCCUCAGCUUGAGAAAACUAACCCUUAUUCUCUGUUUUUCCACACUGAAUGUAAUCAGAUUGUGAUUGCUGAUCUCCAGACUUUGCCAGCUUCCCCUCCGGUGACUGGGUUUUUUUUAAAUUAACACAACAUAGCCCGCAACAGAAUUGCUUUGUGAUGGGCACGAUAUCAUUGCUGUAAGAAUGUACCAUCUACUGCUUUGGGACUGUGGUGUUUUACUACAAGUUCCCUGGGUAAAACCUACAAUCCCUCCAAUGUCUUUUUGUUCUCCCCCUGCACUGGGAACAAGUGCUCAGAAAGACAACCGUGCUGCUGGCCCACUUGAUCCAUGCCAUGGGCGGCAGCAGCCACCCCUGCUCAUCUCUGACAAUCCGGUUCCCCUCAUGGGUUUUGUCUGUCAUGCACCAGACUGUAAUUCUGCACUUCUCUCAGUCAUGCUGUACCGGAGCAGCUCCAGGUCUAUAACUGUCUGCAUUGCUGGCUGCGUUGGAAGGAAGAAACAGGCAGCAAGAGAUGAGCUCUCCAGCUUGACAGAUCCGGGUCCCCCAGUGUGUGGGAGAAUCCUGCUCAAGUCUGAGCUCCCCUCAACACUCAGCAGUGCAAAACUGUUGCCACUGCUGCAAAGUCCAGCUUUGGACUUACACUGGCUGGAUACUCUGGCAUUUUCUGGAGUAUCAUAAUACCAGGCUGGUGUCCUCAGCUGAAUCUGCUUUGAACUGUCUCCCCUGGACAGCAAGGUGAGGGGCAAGAGGACAUGGCUUUCUUCCAUGGGCACACCUCCACGAAACCUGCACAGGCUUUGUGUCCAACAUCCACCAUAUUCAAUGAGUUGGUUUGAAUUUCAAAAAAAUAUCUAGAUAUAGGAAAUGAAACCAGAGCAAAAAGGUAGUAGAGAUGUGCUGCAAAUAUUUGAAUAGAAGCACCGUAAGAACAUUUCUUCACAGCACUGCAAGAAUCCUCUGUUACUGAGCUAUUUGAAGUCUCUACCAUUUUUGUUUGAAGUAAUAUAAUGUGAGGGGUUUUUUGCCUCUGAUGCUCUCUCAUUUUGAAUUAUCUUUUCCUUCCUAAUAAAUUAAAAAAAUUUCCAUCGAAAACAGCUAUCACUUCACAGCCCCCACUUAAUGUAAGAAAUCUGUAUGGAAUUGCACCCAGUAUUUCGCUUUGCAUAACUUAUUUGUGAAUUGUUAUUAAAGCUGCUUGCAUAAUAAAAUUAAAUACAGUUUA